AUGUCGAGGAGUCAUUGCUCGGCAAACGGAAGACUGACAUGGAUCUUGGCUUUGCUGCUCAUGAUGACUCGAGUCCAUGGCCAGCCUACUUCGGGGUUCAUAAGCCUCGACUGUGGAUACAGAAACAAUACUCCCUACAACGACAGCAGCAUAGAAGGAAUACAGUACCAGUCCGACGCUGGAUUCGUGGAGGGCGGUUUGACCCACCAAAUAUCAUCAGUGUUCAUGGCUGAUGCCGCAUCUGAGAGCGAAACAACCUUGAGGAGCUUCCCCGACGGCUCAAGGAAUUGCUACACGCUGCCAUCCACCCCUGGUAAAAAGUUUCUGGUGAGGGCCAUGUUUACUUACGGCGACUACGAUGGGUUGAACAGGAGUAUGGACGGGUCGCUGUUCCUUUUUGGGCUCCAUAUCGGCGUCAAUUUCUGGGAUACGGUGAACUUAACAAAUUGGGAUCCAUCAAUUAUAGUCUGGAAGGAGGUGCUCACCGUUGCCCCGGGCGACUCCGUCUCAGUCUGUCUGGUAAACUUUGGUUCGGGGACUCCGUUCGUGUCUUCCUUGGAGCUGAGGCCACUGCUAGAUGCGAUGUACCCUUUUGUGAAUACAUCGGUAUCAGUCGGCCAAUUUGGACGAUUCAGAUUUGGUAAUGUCACUGACUUUAUCACAAGAUAUCCAGUGGACCCUUACGACCGGUUCUGGGCGGCCUCGUCUUUCCCCUACAACACCUACCCCUGGACCAACGUGGACACUAGCAAGCAAGUGGAGAUUCUCCCGGGCGACGACUACUUCAACGUGCCGAUGGCCAUCUUCCAGAAGGCCACCACCCUAGACACAAACUACUCCAUCAUGAGUCUCGACAUGGCAAAGGGUCAGAAUCUGGACCCCGAGAGCGUCCGCCUUCUCCCAAUCUUCCACUUUGCUGAAAUUAGUGAUAACAACCCGAACAGAAGCUUUGACAUCUACAACGCCAACGAUUUGCUGCACCGGGGCUUCUCCCCGUCGCGAUUACAGGCCAACAGCUUGUACGACAGCGGGCAGUUCUUGUAUAACGGCGACGCGAUCUACACCCUGAAUAAGACGCGCAGCUCGAUCCUGCCCCCACUCAUCAACGCGUUAGAGGUGUACUCGCUCGUUUGGAUGGAAAACUUCACUACCGAGCCCGAGGAUGUCAGUUACAUGAAAGAAGUCAAGAAAAACUACAAUUUGGCACGAACAAACUGGAAUGGAGAUCCAUGCUCUCCAAGAGAGUAUUCCUGGGAAGGUUUGACUUGCGACUACUCUAAGAGAAACCAGAAUCCGAGGAUUGUCGCAGUAGAUCUGUCUACCAGUGGACUGAAAGGUGGAUUAGUCAUAACUUUCAUGAACAUGGCAUCACUGGAGAACUUGGAUUUAUCACACAACAAUUUGACAGGGCCUAUUCCAGACUACCAAAUAAAGUCACUCAAAGUUCUCGAUUUGUCAUACAACCAGCUCGAUGGACCAAUCCCUAAUUCUAUUCUUCAAAGAUCUCAGGCUGGUCUGCUUGACUUAAGAUUAGAAGGCAAUCCUGUAUGCUCAAAAGUCAAAGAUACGUAUUGUUCAAAUAAUAAGAAGAAAACCACAUCUACCAUGGCGAUCGCAGUGAUAGUUCCUGUAGUGCUGGUAUCCCUCCUAGUAGUGAUGUGCAUUCUAUGGAAAUUGUGCUGGAAAGGAAAGUCGGGAGACAGUGAGAAUUAUGCUAUGUAUGAAGAGGAAACACCCCUACAUAUUGAUAUCAGACGGUUCACGUACGCAGAGCUGAAGCAUAUAACAAACGACUUCCAUUCAAUCGUUGGAAAAGGAGGUUUUGGCACUGUUUAUCAUGGCACAAUGGAAAAUGGUGAUGAAGUAGCUGUUAAGGUGCUCAUGGAGACAUCAAUAGUAGAGUCAACAGACUUCCUUCCUGAGGUGCAAACCUUGUCCAAAGUUCAUCACAAGAAUCUCGUGACUCUACAAGGAUAUUGCCAGAACAAGAAGUGCCUAGCUCUCGUUUAUGACUUCAUGCACAGAGGAAAUCUUCAACAGCUUUUAAGAGAAGGAGAUGACUACAGUUUGAAUUGGGAACAACGGCUUCAUAUUGCACUUGAUUCAGCACAAGGACUGGAAUAUCUACAUGAGUCAUGCACCCCAUCAAUAGUUCACAGAGAUGUCAAGACUGCCAACAUCCUUCUGGACAAGAACCUGGUGGGGAUAAUAGCUGAUUUUGGGCUUUCGCGCGCUUUUAACGAUGCACACACACACAUAUCUACUGUUGCUGCUGGAACUCUUGGCUACCUUGAUCCCGAGUACCACGCAACUUUCCAGCUCACCAUCAAGACAGACGUUUACAGCUUUGGCAUCGUGCUCUUGGAGAUCAUCACUGGCAAGCCCCCGAUAUUGAUGGACCCUCACACCUACCACCUACCAAACUGGGUACGCCAAAAGAUUGCAAAAGGCAGUAUUCAAGAUAUCGUGGACAAGAGGCUGUUGGAUCAGAAUGACCCCAGUUCCCUGCAGGGUGUGGUGGACCUGGCCAUGAAAUGCGUAGAAAGUGCAGCCAUCGACAGGCCGAGCAUGACUGAGGUUGUUUCAAGGCUAAAAGUGUUGUUGCCAACAACUCUGAGCGAAAAACAGUAUGCUUCCGCGUCCUCUACGAAGUCCAUGAAUGACGAAAUGCGAAGGCAAUUCCACUUGUUGAUUUCUGGAGAAGGCAACGACGAGAGCUCCAGCUCGAGCAGGAUGACAGAAUUGAUCCCCUUAUCUGGACGGUGAAAGGAAAAUGCCUACCAAGUUAUCGUUGUGUCUGUUAGACAAAGUUUGGUAGCUCACCUGCCAUUAUUGGUUGUUGAUAAACAGAAAUGUGGUUUCCAUUUUCUGAUCUUGAUUGUUGUUUGAUGAGGGGCAAAAAUAAUAAU